AUGGCCCUUGCAUUACUGGCUAGCCUUGUGGCUGCCUUUGCAGUAUUGCGCUGCGCUGUUCACCUUGGCCGUGCUAGCACCGUAGGGAAGGGCUUGAGGGCUCUGGCCGAAGGUGGCGAGGGCAUCCGGAAAGACGUGUGCGGAGACGCAUUGCAGGCGCCACAAGAAGUGCAAGACGAAGAAGAGGAAGUGCCUGCAGAAGACGAGCUGCUCAGCAGAGCGGAGGCAGUACUUUCUUCGUUAGUAUCGCUUACGCUCCAGUACGAGGAGUUACUGGUUAGGUCGCCUAUCAUUCGGCAAUUUGGCGGCAUCUCCCUUGUCCUAGCCCUUCCCGCUCAAGAGCUGUCCGCCUUGGCCGUCAUCGCCGGCGAGGACUUAAUGCCUUCUCUAAGGCGGGCAGCCUUUGUGAUACACUGUGCAGCACAGCGUCUAACAUAUGAUCCCACCUUGCAAGUUAGAAGCUUAAGGUUACGGCGCCGCCAAAAUGCCCUAGCCAGAAUCCUUAGACUACUUGCGAUGUUGAAACCACAGGUGCCCACCAUAAGUGGCAGUGAGCGUUUGCAGAAGUUUUAUGGACUCCUGCGCCUGCAGGAGGUGGGGAUUCAAAAGGCUACUGUUGCAUAUGAAGGCCUUUCCGGCUGUUAUGCCUUUGAAUUGUCAUCUCAGUUGUCUCAAUGCAGACAAGCUCUAUCCGAACUGUUCAAGGUAUACCACCGCCGUAAGCGUCAAAUAUUCUCGGACUGUCACCUCAACUGGUGGUUGCUUGCAAACAACCCAACGAAUAAACACCAUGCUCUUGCAACGAAGGCCUUUCUGGACAAGGUGGCGAACCGAGGUGUACAACCGUUUUCAGUUAGUCUCGACGAGCUGUUGAGCGUUGGGAUCUACGAUCAAACAAGAGAAAGACAGUGGCAAUACCGCGAUUGCAGUUCGCAAACUCUGGAGGAAGACGAUUUCCACUUAAGUGAAUCAGGGGGUUCCGAGGAAGAAGAGGGGAAAACGUUCGAGCUCCUAGAUGACGAGGGACCUCUACAACAGGACCAAGGGCAGCAGCACGAAGAGCGGCAGCAUAAGGAACAGCACGAACAGCACCACCUGCACCUGCAGCUGCAGCAACAGCAGAAGCGGCAACAACAAGGGCAUCACCAACAGCUGCAGAAGCAGCAGUCACAGCAGAAGCAGCAACAGGAACAGCAUUCACAGCAGCCACAGCAGCAGCAAUCACAGCAGCAGUGGCGACAGCAGCGGAUGCAUGGACAGUGGGGGCGGCAGCAACUGCUGCAGAGGCAACUGCUGCAGCAGCAAUUGCUGCAGCAGCAGUUCCUGCCGCAGCAAUUGCUGCAGCAGCAACUGCUGCAGCAGCAAUUGCUGCAGAGGCCACAGGCGUGGCAGCCACAGCCGCAGCAGCAACUGCUGCAUCCGCUUGUUCCAGGUGUGGUGAGUGUGCCCAGCCACGUACGGUCAAACAUCCUGCGAGAUCCUGUUGGUGAGCGUGUGAGUGCUCACGUUCCGGUGCAGCCCCGAUCCCACCUACGUGCCCAAACUUCUGGUUCUUUCUUGCCAUUUCUCGGCAUUUCUGGGUCUCGAUCUUCUUUUUCCUUACUACCCCGUUCUUCCCUAUCUGAUGCGCUAGGAUUGAAUGUGCCCUCAUACGGAUCACAAGGGCUUUACGUUCCCCCAUUUGAAGCUUCUUCUGACGGACACUCUUUCUCGACAGGGGGUAGCUCACCACAGCUCCUUAGCCCAACAUCUGAAACUGCGCAAGAAUUGAUUGCAGGGGAAGCCAGCGAUGUAGGACUAGACCAAAUAAACUUGGUGGGUGAAUCUUCAGAGACUCCUGUAGUUUCUAGUCCGUUUUCACUGCCAGAUAUCGGGGAAGAAGCAAGGCGGCCUUUUGCAGCUGCAGGGCGAAGAGCCGAUGGUGACAUGUAA